AUGAAGACCUUUUACUAUUUCCUUCGUUUUCUGUGUUUUGUGACCCUCAUUCUACCAGUCACAUGUACCUUGAUGGAUGCUGAUCGUUGCAUAAAACUUAAUGGUCGCUGUAAAAAAGACUGUCAUAGAAGUGAAAGGCGAAUUGACUCAUGUUUCUUGCCAAAUAAAGUUUGCUGCAUCAAGAGGCUGCUUGACAAAUAUUGA